AUGGAGUUGAAUGAUACCAGGUCAACUGAUAAAAGACAAAUAACACUUACACCUAGGGCCUUUGAAUAUAAAUUGGAAAAGCUCCAAGAAGAACGCCAAGUAAAAAUAAGAAAGAUUAAAGGUGCAAUAAGAGAAAUUAAAGACCUAAAGCAAAGUGCUGAUAAUGCUGAGAAAAUACGGUUAUGUCUUGAAAAUAUAUCGAGCUUGUUUAAAGAAGCAAGUCAUCUUCAUGGUGUUGUGGUCCCUAUGCUCCCACCUGAAGAACAAGAAAAACAAAAUGCUUGGUUUGGCAGUGUGGAAGAACAUAAAAUUGCCUUUGUAGAGGAGACAAAUGAAUGGUUGCUGGAGGCACCAGACAUGUUAGAGGAACGCGUUGUCUCACCGUGUUUAGGAUCUGUUUCCAAUGAUGAGGCACGUAUAUCUAAAAUAGUGGAAAAGGCAGUAGAAGAUGAUAUUAGACCAAGGGAUAGUGUUUCUAAUGUGUCAGUGAGGUCAAAGAAAUGCAGUUCAGUGGCGAGUAAAUAUAUGUCCAUUACUUCAUCAGCUAGAUUAAGGGCUGAGGCGGAGACUGCGGCUCUUAUGGCUCGUCAAAGGCUGCUGAGUCAGAAGCAUGCCCUGGAGGAGCAGCAGGAACAGUUGAGGAGAAAGAAGGAGGAGCUGGACCUGGACAUGGAGCUGGCAGCAUCUAUGGCUAAAGUAAGUGUGUUCAAGGCUUCAGAAGGAUCUUGUGCGUCUAACAUUUCUGUGAAAUCAGACGGGAUGAACUCCUAUUUGAAAAGAGGGAAAAGAACACAGUUAAGCUACGACGCUGCAACAUUUGUGCCUGAGUCCAACACUCAACCAUCGGCUGCAGAGGCUGAAGGGGAAGCUUUGUUUUCAGGUAAUGUUGCUGUGCGGCCUAAGACAUAUAAAAACAUUGAGCAGUCCGCUGUUGUGACCCGGGCCUGUCCAUCCACUUUGGUUACUCUGCCCGCUGCUGUGACUGGAGCUGAGAUGUCCACUCUGCCAGAAGGUGCUUACCAGUUACCAUACGUACCAGCACCUGUAACAGUGAAUAAUUCUGAUCAGUGUUUUCUCACAGUUUUGGAAAGGCAAAAUGAAAUUACAUCUUUAUUGGUUGAACAACAGUCACUUUUUCUCUUACCUAAGCGAGACCUACAAGUUUUUGACGGAGAUCCAUUGCAGUAUCAAACCUUCAUAAGAGGAUUUGAACAUAACAUUGAAGGAAGAACACAAAGUCAUAAGGACUGUUUGUAUUACCUCGAACAGUAUACAAGAGGUCAGCCCAGGGAUUUGAUCCGAAGCUGUCAACAUCUGCCUCCAUCUCAUGGAUACACUAAGGCAAAGUCACUACUUCAGGAGCAUUUUGGUGAUCCAUACAAAGUAGCCUCUGCCUAUAUGGAUAAGGUGCUUUUAUGGCCGAUGGUUAAAGCUGAAGAUGUCAGUGCUUUAAGAGCCUAUAGUUUAUUGUUGCAGGAAUGCUGCAACUCUAUGGGAGCCGCUGUAAGUGACCUGAACGUGCCUGCAAAUAUGCAAACCAUUGUGAAAAAGCUGCCUUAUAAGCUGCGGGAUCAUUGGAGAAGUGCGGCCUGCGUUAUUCAGGAGAAGUUUCAUCGAAGAGCUACUUUUUCGGAUAUUGUGGAGUUUGUUGAGAGACAAGUCAAGGUAGCAAGUGACCCUCUUUUUGGAAAUAUACAAGAUACACCUGUGACAGGAGGAAAGGGAUUAAAAAUGGUUAAGUCUCACUCUCAAACUAGUUCAAAGGCUAGAGGCAGUAGUUUUGCCACUGCUGUAAUACCCGCUGAGAAGAAAGUGGAGUCUGGGAAUAAAUUGGAGAAGAACUCUCUAGUGAAGGGUUGUUUGUUUUGUGGAGCUGGGCAUUCGUUAGAUGUCUGCCUUCUUUUGGAUAAAAGGACACAAGAUGAAAAGUUGUCUUUUUUGAAGGAGAACCGUAUGUGUUUUGGAUGUCUGUGCGGUGGGCACAUGAGUAAAGAUUGCAGAAAACGUCUAAUAUGUAGAGUAUGCAAUUAUAGGCACCCCACAUUGUUGCAUUUCCACCCUAAGGCAAAACAAAAGAGUUUGACUCAGGCCAAUGGUGACUUGGAAUUUGCCAGAGGAGGUGCUGUGGUGUCUGUUCAGUCUAGUGGCUUGACUGGGGCCGGUAAACAGGACUGUACACUUUCUAUCUUGCCUGUUCAGGUGAAAUCCAAAAGGGGACAAGAGACCUUGGUCACAUAUGCAUUUUUGGAUCCGGGGAGUACCGCCUCGUUCUGUACAGAGCGACUCAUGAACCGGCUCAAUCUUACAGGGAAGAAGCUGGGAAUCCUCCUUAGAACUAUGGGACAAGAGAAGGUGGUGGAUAGUUAUAAGCUGUCAGACUUGGAAGUUGCAGGGUUGGAUUCGGACAGCUUUUGUGACCUUCCUGAGAUUUUUACUCAAAGGAGCAUGCCUGUUCAUAGAGGAAACAUUCCAUGCUCGAAAGACCUUCAAAGAUGGCUGCACCUGAGACACAUACAAAUACCACAGAUUGAUGCUGAUGUGGACCUUCUGAUCGGCACUAACGUCCCUCAAGCUCUGGAGCCGUGGGAGGUGGUUCGUGCAGUGAACGGGGGCCCUUAUGCAAUUAAGACCAUUCUGGGUUGGACGGUGAAUGGCCCACUCCGAGAAGAUUGUCGGAUCAAUGAUCAGUGUUUGCAGCCCGACAUCACAGUCAAUCGGAUCUCAGUGGCGAGGCUUGAUGAGCUCUGGGAGAAACAGCUGAAGGUGGAUUUCCCUGAAACUCUGCAGGAUGAACAACCUGGUCUGUCAAGGGAGGACAAGUGCUUCAUGGAGUCAGUCUCAGAGUCUGCCAAGCUCAUUGAUGGUUAUUACAGUAUUGGUCUGCCGGUAAGACAAAGAUACAUCAAAAUGCCAAAUAAUAAGAUAGUUGUAGAACAGCGUGCAUUGAGUCUUAAAAGGCGUUUGAAUAAAGAUCUGUCUUUUCGGUCCGAUUACAUCACAUUCAUGUCCGGGAUGCUGACUAAUGGUUAUGCAGAGAGAGUUCCAACUGAGCAGCUUGCUCGUUGUGAUGGAAGGGUGUGGUAUAUACCCCAUCAUGGGGUGUAUCAUUCUAAAAAGAAAAAACUGCGUGUAGUUUUCGAUUGUGGGGCUACAUUUCAGGGGACUUCUUUGAACUCACAGCUUCUUCAAGGACCGGAUCUCACAAAUUUGUUAGUGGGAGUCCUCACAAGAUUCCGUAAGGAACCUGUGGUGCUCAUGGCAGAUAUUGAGGCCAUGUUUUAUCAGGUCAGGGUGCCGGUUGAAGACUCUGACUUGUUGAGAUUCCUGUGGUGGCCUGAUGGAGAUUGCAGUCAGGAGCUAGUGGAGUACAGAAUGAUGGUGCAUCUAUUCGGUGCUACUUCCUCCCCUAGCUGUGCCUGUUUCGCUCUGAGGAAGUGUGUUGAAGACAAUCGGAAGUGCUUCAGUCCUAUGGCAGUUAACACUGUCCUGCACCAUUUCUACGUUGAUGAUUGUUUGGUGUCUAUUGGCUCUGAAGAGGAAGCAGUAUCUUUAUGGCAAGAGCUUGUUGCUUUGUGUGCUAAAGGCGGUUUUAAGCUCACGAAAUGGAUUAGUAACCGACGUACUGUCCUCGCUACUAUCCCUCAGGAGGAGCGGGCCAAAGAGGUGAAAGAUCUGGAUUUGGAUAGUGAUGCCUUGCCUGUAGAGCGUGCUUUGGGUGUACAGUGGUGUGUCCAAUCUGACUCAUUUAAGUUUAAAGUCACACUUAAACCUCACCCACUCACAAGAAGAGGAAUCUUGUCCGUGACUAGUUCGAUUUAUGAUCCUCUUGGUUUCUUGGCACCUGUUGUUUUGUCUGCCAAGAAAAUCCUCCAAGAUCUUUGCAGGAGACGUCUGGGAUGGGAUGAUCCUUUGCCCUCUUCGGUUGCUGGAGAAUGGAUGGCUUGGCUGGAAGACCUUCAUGACCUUGAUAAUUGGAAGGUCAGUAGGUGUAUAAAGCCUGUGGACUGUGGUCGUCUUGUUUCUGCUCAGCUCCACCACUUUGCAGAUGCAAGUGAGGAGGGGUUUGGGACUGUGACUUACCUGUUGCUCCAUGACGAUUGUGGGCGAACUCACAGCGCGUUUAUAAUGGGAAAGGCACGAGUAGCUCCUCUAAAACUUGUCACCAUUCCCCGUAUGGAGCUGACUGCUGCGGUGGUGGCUAGCAGGAUGGAUAAGUUGUGGAGGAAGGAACUGCAAAUGGACCUCCAAGAGUCGGUUUUUUGGACAGACAGCACUUCUGUUCUGAAAUACAUAAAAAACGAGACAUCUAGAUUUAAAAUCUUCAUAGAAAAUAGAGUGUCUGAAAUAUUGAAAAUGUCUAACGUAUCUCAGUGGAGGUACGUGAAUACAUCAACCAACCCUGCGGAUCUAGCCUCCAGAGGUGUUAAAGUUCAGUUAUUGCUAAAGACUAGUGCAUGGCUCAGUGGUCCUGAGUUUCUUCAUGAGCCUGAGAGCAGUUGGCCCAAAAACCCUGAGACCCUGGGAGACUCUUUUGUUGUAGACCCGGAGGUCAGGGCUGUGGUGGUGAACGUUGCUCAAGUGGAGCAUGUCAGUCCAGUGGAGAAGCUCAUUGAUUACUUUUCCUCUUGGCUUCGUCUUAAAAGGGCUGUUGGUUGGCUUCUCAGGUUUAAGACUUUGCUUUUGUCCCGGGUGAGACAUCGCAAGCUGUUGAGAGAAACUCUUUCAGGAUCAGACCUUGGUGCCGAGCAGCUGGGGAAAGCGCUACAGGUCCAGAUGGAAGGUGUUAAGGCUCAAGUGCCAAAGGAUGUUCUGUCCAUGGAGGAUAUGGUUGCAGCAGAAUUAGAUAUUAUCCGUUUUUGUCAAAAAAUAAGGUUUCCGGAAGAACUGGCCAACUUGAAGAAAGGAGAGUGUGUAAGGAGGACGAGUCACCUUUACAAGCUUAACCCGAUCCUGGAUGGUGAUCUCAUUAGGGUUGGAGGACGGCUUAGUAGAGCAGCUAUGCCAGUUGAAGCAAAACAUCCAGUUAUAUUGGCUAAAGAUCAACACAUCUCCAAUCUUAUUCUCUGUCAUGUACACCAAGAAACAGGUCAUGGUGGACGAAACCAUAUGCUUUCUCAUCUGCGUCAGAAAUAUUGGAUUCCUGGUGCCUGUGCUGCCAUUAGAAAGGUUUUGUCUAGGUGUGUUAUCUGUCGUAGAUUGUCUGCUUUGCCUGGACAUCAGAAAAUGGCUGACCUUCCUUACAGUAGGAUAACUCCUGAUGAGCCUCCUUUCAGUCGAGUUGGUUUGGACUGUUUUGGACCGUUUGAGGUUAAACGUGGAAGAGCUGUGGUCAAGAGGUAUGGGCUCAUUUUUACAUGCUUGGCGAUGCGGGCCAUACACCUUGAAGUUCUUUCAUCUUUGGAUACAGACUCCUUUAUCAAUGGUUUUAGAAGGUUUGUGGCUAGACGGGGUCAAGUUCUUGAAAUCCGCUCAGAUAAUGGUACUAACAUCGUGGGUGCUGAACGUGAAUUAAGGGAGGCCAUUGAGAAUCUGAACCAUAACCUCAUAAAUGACGUGCUGUUACAAAAGGGCGUGAAAUGGGUUUUCAAUCCCCCAACGGCAUCACACCAUGGAGGUGUUUGGGAAAGAUUGAUCCGGUCAGUUCGUAAAGUGCUAUACUCCAUUUUGAAGACUCAGACUCUGGACGAAGAAGGCUUGGCGACGGUGUUUUGUGAGGUUGAGGCGAUUGUUAAUGGCCGUCCAAUUACAAAAGCAUCAACAGACCCUCAAGACUUGGAGGCGUUGACUCCUAACCAUCUACUACUUCUUAAGUCGCGGCCGUUGUUGCCAACAGGACUGUUUGAGAAGGAGGAUGUUUACGCUCGUCGUCGCUGGAAACAAGUGCAGUAUAUGUCGGAUUUGUUCUGGAAGCGCUGGGUGAAGGAGUACCUUCCUGGACUUCAGGAGCGUCAGAAGUGGAAUGCUGCUAAAAGAAACUUUGUUCCAGGAGAUCUCAUCGUGUUAGUGGAUGAUAUGGCACCUCGCAAUACUUGGAUUACAGGAAGAAUUGUGGAUACUGUUCCGGACAAAAAUGGACUGGAAGCGGAGGGGCAGUGAAGAUCUGUGGAUACAGCGGAUAUGAACUUUGACUUUAAAGGACUAAAAGUUCACUUUGCCUUUUGAUUGAUGUUUGUCUCCCACAAGGUGUUUCUGGUGGUCAAUUAUUACUAUGAAAUAAUUUGGGGCCGGAAUGUAGGAGCCAUACAUCUGAGUUUGAUUAGUCUUUCAUGAUAUUGCCUACUUUUCUUUCUAUACUGUUGUGUAUGUGCACGUGCAUAGUGACGUCAUUGGUUACCGUGGGUGUCACCGGGGGUGUGGUGUCUGUAUUAAUGCAUGUGUGCUCACCUGUGUGGGGCUGGUGUUUGGAUUAUGGCUGCAGGGUGAGCGUGUGGAGAAACUUUCUGUCGAUCGUCGCCGUUAUCAUCUUCUGUUUCUGCACUGUCUGAGGUAUCUUUGCACGGCUUAUGAAAUGCAUCAAUUCAAGUAAGUGUUGGUUCUUGUUAAGCUUGUGACAUGGAACAAUAAAGACGUCCCAUCAUGUGCAAUGGUUCAAGUGACGCGUCUUCAGUGUAAACCCACAUGUCUUAGCCUGCUGCGGCUUUGGAUUAGUUUUAAAUUUUAUAUGCCGC